ACUAGUUGCAUGUAGUAAGGUAAAUGAGGAAUAUUUAAUAGAGAAGUUUGGAAUUCCAUAAUUGAUUCGUUAAUUAAAUUUAUAAACACUAUUAGGUUGAAAAAGCUUCUUUUAAUAAAUAUUUCUUUUUGUUUAAGGUAAUUCCUACUUGGCUUAUGGUUUGAUAUAACCUUUUAUACACAGUCGCUGUGUUUACUGCGUCAACCUGAAACGCACUUUACCACAACAACAUCUUUGAAGUAAGAAAAAAAUGGUGCUUAUUCCUAUAGAACAACGUAAAUUUCCUAAGACCUUAGUUUUAUUUGAUGUCGAUGGUACUUUGACUCCUUCUCGUUUGAGCAUCUCUCCUGAAAUGCUCGAUUGCUUGCAAAAGCUUCGUCAAAUUGUUGCUGUUGGAUUUGUUGGUGGUAGUGACUUGAACAAACAACAAGAACAACUUAGCGUGAGUGGAGAAAAUGUUGUCAACUCUUUUGACUAUUCGUUUGCUGAGAAUGGAUUGACUGCUUAUCGCUAUGGAGAACAGCUUGCUAGUCAAUCAUUUAUCCAGUAUAUUGGUGAAGAUAAGUAUCAAAAGUUGGUGAACUUCUGUUUACACUAUAUUGCUGACUUGGAUAUUCCCGUUAAGCGUGGUACUUUUGUUGAAUUCCGUAAUGGUAUGGUCAAUAUUUCCCCCAUUGGCCGUAAUGCUAGUAACAAAGAACGUCAAGAGUUUGAGCAAUUUGAUAAAAUUCACAACAUCCGUUUGAACAUGGUAAAUGCCUUGCGUGAAAAGUUUGGUGAUUACGGCUUAACUUUCUCUAUUGGUGGUCAAAUUUCCUUUGAUGUUUUCCCUACCGGUUGGGACAAGACUUACUGUCUUCAGCACGUUCAAAAGGAGGGUUUUGAAACUAUCCAUUUCUUCGGUGACAAGACAUUUACUGGAGGCAAUGACUAUGAAAUUUACGAAGAUCCUCGUACUAUUGGACAUACUGUAACUUGCCCUGAGGACACUAUGCAGCAAUUGCGAGAAUUAUUCUGUAUUUAAUCAUCUCUCCUUGAAUAUCUGCGAUGCCCAAUCGUUCUUUUGACAUUAGAUGAAAUGGUGCUCAAGCCUCUAGUUGUCUACGCCAACUGGUCGCACAGCAAACCAACGUCGGUAAAGUACAAUCUCAAGUAGAGCUUGAAUAAAAUAGAAUAUUUUAAAAUAUAGCAUCCGUCAUGCCAUUACUUCAUUCAUUGUCGUAGAAUAUAUGUUUCGAAUUAGAACUACUAGCAAUUUUAUGACGUCU